AUAAAGAACCAUGACCUCCUUUGGUAGUAUUUAAACAGUCCGUUAAGAUCACAGUCUAUCGAGAGCAACAGUCAGGAAGAAAGGCUACCUCCCCUGAUGACAGAGACACCAUGGCGGUUCACAACAUCACCGUGCCCUAUGUCUCCACCGACAAAUUCGACUGGUCUUUUGCGCGGACUGGGCCCCUUCCCUGGAACCAGACCAUCUGGUCCCUUCUUGCCGUCUUUACAGCGCUUCCGCUCUGGAUGACCCUUGAACUUACCGUCUGGAUCUUCUAUACCUUCCGCCGAUACUCGGGACUCUACUUCUGGAGUGUCCUGGUCACCACCUGGGGUGUCACUCUCCAUGCGAUUGGAUUUGUUCUCAAGGACUGCGUUCCGCAAUGCCCAUGGAUCCUCAGCACCAUCCUGGCCGAAAUCGGCUGGAUCGGGAUGGUCACUGGCUUUUCGGUGGUUCUGUACUCGCGCCUGAACCUGGUUAGCUUUGUGAUGCAGAAUCGCUUCAUUUUGCCUCUUGCCCUGGCUAUGAUCAUCAUUGACGCCUUCCUCUUCCACAUCCCAACAGUCGUUUUCCAGUUCGGCCUGUCCAAUGCACCCACGCACGCCAAGUUCCUGCCGUUCAUGAACGUGAUUGAGCGCAUUCAGAUUAUUGGCUUUUCGGCCCAGGAGAUCAUUCUCAGUACUAUUUAUAUCUAUGGCACGCUGAAAAUGGUCCAGGAGUCGUUCAACAAGCGAGUCCGCAUCACCAUUGCAUACCUGAUCCUCAUCCAAGUCAUCGCCAUUUUGUGUGAUGUCCUGGUCAUUGCCUUGGACUAUGCGCAGUACUUUACGCUCAAAGCCGUCAUCCACUCUUUUGUCUAUGCGUUGAAGCUGCAGCUUGAAUUCGUUAUCCUGAACGAGUUCCGCGAGGUAGUGGCAAAGAGCGCACCUCGGGGGCUGAACGCGUUCUCUGAUCAAGACUUGACGGUCCAUAUUCCUGCGAUUAAGACCGCCACCUCGGACAGCAGCCACAGCUCGUGA